AUGGCCCAGCCCGAGGGGACCCUGCCCCCUGGGGGCCCCCUGGACUCACCUCGAGUCUUCAAGCUGGUCCUCUUGGGCAGCGGCUCGGUGGGCAAAUCCAGCCUGGCGUUCCGCUACAUCAGGAACGAGUUCAGGAGCAUCUUGCCGACCGUGGGAUGUGCCUUCUUCACAAAGGUGGUGCAUGUGGGCACUGCCUCCCUCAAGUUUGAGAUUUGGGACACGGCUGGUCAGGAGAAGUACCACAGUGUUUGCCACCUCUACUUCCGAGGAGCCCACGCGGCGCUGCUGGUGUACGACAUCUCCAGCAAGGAGUCCUUCCUCAGGGCUCAGCAGUGGCUCCGGGACCUGGAGAGUGAGAUCCUGCCUGGAGAUGUUGUGGUCAUGCUGGUGGGCAACAAGACGGACCUCGACGAGGAGCGCCAGGUCACUGUCCAGGAGGGGAAGGAGUUUGCGGACAGCAAAGGCCUGCUCUUUACAGAAGCGUCAGCCAAGCUGAACCACCAGGUGACCGAGGCCUUCCAAGCCGUGGCCCAGGAGCUGCUGCGAAGAGAAGAGCGGGUGGCCCAGACACAGAAGGGGGACCCCCAGGUGCUUCUCAAUGAGGGCCCCCACAAACAAGCCAAGUGCUGUGGCCGAUAG